UUUUUUUUUUUUUUUUUUUUUUUUGUGGUUGUUUAGGUGUAAGCAAAAGCUGUUGGGGAUAUUAGGCUGUUUUUCUUAUUUCUUCUGGCAUUCCUUAACCAAUAAGGGUUUUCCUUUUAUGUUACGUUUUCACUGAAGAACCAAACCACACCUCAAAAUGGCCAUGUGCGAUUUUGGUUAUACCCAUCUCGCAAAAAAGAGCUUUCCUAAACUAAUCUUCAAUCCUCUAGUUUAAUGUUGCUUAAUUCUGCUUCCAGGUCUAGACCUUCAGAAAGAUUGGCUACCUCAGUCCACCGGGUUUAUUUACUUUAUAAUGCUGUUUCUGCUCUCCAAAAUGCUGCAGCAUUGAGCAAAGCAAACUUAACGUAAUGCUAUUGACUGCAAGAGUGAAUACUAAAGCCUUUAUGCACUCACAGUAUCAGAGGAACUGAAGAUCCAGUGGAAGGCUUUUAUUUUUGAUGGUAAUGUCCACCCAGCAGUAGGCAAAUCAUCAGCACUGGCAGAUUGUGCAGCUAAUAUGGCUAACAUUAUCACUGCCUUUGAUUGUAGUUAGAAUGCCGAGGGACAUUCAGAGAUGACAGAAGCUUGGAGAGCGAUUUCAAACCAAUAAACAAGGACGGGGUGGCUAACUGUAUUCAUGUCACCCCUUGUGCUUCAGAGCAAACUAAACUUGUCCAGUUGUUUCCAUGGCUUUGCUUUCCUCUGGUGGUUCUUGAGAUGUGAAACUUGCAUUAAUUUGCUGAAACGGGCCACAGCAUGGAGCAUUCUUCAGAUGAGUCUUUAGCGCCUCACAUGUGGAUGUUUUCUCUGAAACUAGUCUUAGUUUUGUCUUCUAAAAGUUCAACAAACGCCAUCUUCUCUGGUGCAGCUUUCUGUGUACGGCUAGGUUUUUGUCUACAGCUCUGUGGCAUCACUAAAAACAAUCUAUCCUCUCCUGUAGAUGACAAAGACAAUGACGGUUAUGAAGAUGAAGUUCCUGAGAAAACUAUCCUUGAAGGUGUUGGCAGCGUUGACCCCUUAGCCGGAUUUGAAGUUGAGGUGGCUGGAGUAGAUUCUGGUCCAAGUAUCUUGACCGAGGAUGAUGAGAAUUAUGAAGGUGAAGUUCCUGAGAAAACAAUCCUGGAAGCUGAAUCUGAAGGUGAAGUUGACAGCUUUGACUCAUUUGCUGAAAAUGGAUCUGAGGCGGACGAAGUAAAUUCUGGUCCAAGAAUCUGGGGCGACAGUAAAGAAAAUGAAUAUGAGGCUGAGUUUGUGACCGGCCCUUUCAGAAGCUGGGCUGGCAGCAUCAGUCCGAUUACUGCAAAUGUACAUCUGCUUUGCAAUGAUGCUGGCUUCCACAUCACUCUGCUAACGGGCAGGCUAAGUGAGGCUAAAGUUUUGGGCGCUAAGGACUUUGUGUCUGUCGGGGAAGCUGAGGAGUCUUGUGGUUUUGACGUGAACCUCUUGGAGAACACCUUGACUGUACCCUUCAGUGGGUGCAAUGUGAAACAACAUGAUGAUGGCUACAGUCUGCAGUUGUUGCACUUUGAUUCGUUUGAUCGGCUGCAAGUUUCUACCAUAUCUUGUGAGGGAAGUACAAAGCUGGACCAUGACCUGUACCCUCGUGGUGGCAGAUCACACACAUGCUACGUCCCACCUGCUACAUACUCAGAACCGGCGCCACCACCAAAGGCGCACAAUUGUGUUGUAGCCAUGGCAGAGCGGUUGACAUGUGGGUAUUCAGAAAUAUCUCGUUACGAGUGUGAGAAGAUUGGAUGCUGUUUUUGUCCGAGUAAAUCUUCCUGCUUCUACCCGCUGGAUGAGUGCACUGCAGAUCAACACUUUGUUUUUGCCAUUCGCCACGACUCUGCAUCCAUCCAUGUGGAUCCCACCAAGCUGGUUAUUCCUGGGAAUGCUGACUGUAAACCAGUUUAUGUUACUGACAAGGUUGCCAUCUUUAAGUUCAAAGUUACAGAAUGUGGAACUCGUGUUUAUAAUGUUGGUGAGGUGAAGAUCUACUUGGCUGAAGUUCAGAUUAUUGUCCAUGCACUGAACCUCAAGUUUGGCUUAAUAACAAGAAGUAAUCCACUCAGGUUCUUGAUUGAGUGUCGCUACAGCAAAACAGGAGCUGCUCAGCCGUCACUGGCUACCGUUGGCUACAUGGUCAAAACUCCACCUUCCAAUCUGCCGUCAGCAAUCAUCUCUAACGGAUUAUAUGGUGUCCAGUUGAGAAUCGCAACAGAUGAAACGUAUCAAAAAUUCUUUCCCACCUACCACCAGCCUUUGAGACUUCUCCUCGGCAAACCUGUUUAUCUUGAGUUGCGGCUGAAGUCGCCCAAACCAGAUGCAGUAAUUCUUGUCAACUACUGCCUCGCUUACCCUCGAUCUGCAAAGAACGCUCUGGUGCUUAUUUACGAAGGGUGUGCAAACCCUCAUGAUCCAAGUGUGUCCAUCCUUCAAAUCAGUGGCAAAACUCGUUACAAAAGACGUUUCGUUGUGACUGCCUUUCAGUUUAUGGAACAAAAGACAAACCAAUACCUUGAUGAAGAAAUCUAUUUCAUGUGCUCUGCAGAAGUUUGUAGGCCAACAGAAAAGGAAUGUGAAGAGCGGUGCUUUGAUGGAAAGGUGAGGCUGUAAACCUUGCAUAUUUGUUGUUGGUUCUUUAAAUUUCUAAUCUUCCCAUUGUGUUUUGUUUAUUUUGCUUCUAGACAACGUGAGGAUUUUUCAACAGAUGAGCCAUUAAAUAUGAUUUGAACUGUAAAUAAUAAAUGGCAACUUCUUUUAU